AUGAAAAUGAAGGGGGAGGAGAACAAACCUCUGGAAGAAUGUGGUGGGAGCUCCAGUUCUUCGCCGGUGACCUCCAGCGGUGGGACGCCCUCUCCCCUCAACCCCCUGCUCUCUCCAUCGUGCUCCCCUCCUACGUUCCACUUGUCAGCGAGUAACAUCGGCGUUUCGUGCCCCGAGACCUACCUACACAACUUCAACCUGCCCCUCUACUACAAGAUUUGCCCUACCAGCUUCUUGAGACAACAGUCUCUCAUCUUCCCAAGCCACGAAAAACUGGGAGGCACCAACCCGCAUCUUCUACCCCCCUUCAUGGUGGAUAUGCCAAAACUAUCUUCCCUCGGCAUAACAAAUCUGAAAAAUGCCAAAGCUGAAGACUUAAACGGGCAGUGUCUACAAGUACCCAAUCCUGCUAGUCAAAUGCUGUAUGGAUUACAUGCAUCUGGAAACAUUUUCCCAUCAAGUCCCGUUGCUCGGGAAGCACUUAAUUGUUCUUUACAUCCUCCAUAUGGCUUGUACGGUUAUAACUUCUCCGUGCCAUCCAGACUGAUGAAUGCGGCAAGCCAUUUCAAAGUGAGUGACAGCAUUCCAGCUUCUCUGAGAGAUGGCAGAUGUAAUCACUCCAACUGGCACCCGACAAUUAACCAUUGCCUUUAG